GGACUUUUCUCUCUUCUUUCCGGGGACCACUGCAGAAUGCACCCUUGAUUCGUUUGGAUCUGAAAUCAAGCUUAUUUGGUACCUGGUUGGGUGAUUCUAGGUCAUUUUUGCGACUGCUUCAUGACCUUCCGAUGGGAUGCAGAUGGCGAUGAAGAUACUUUGACUUAUUAUCCCCCCUUUACAUCCAAGGGGAGAGUGUGAUACAUUGGCUUCACGGCGCUAUUCAAUCUCGUUGCGACUUUGCGUUCAUCAACUGCCAUGGAAUCCAAGUCUACAGCUCCGACGGCUGUUGUUGUAGGUGCCGGCGCAGGAGGAGUCGCUGUCGCUGCUAGGUUAGCAAAGAAAGGAUUCCAAGUGACAGUAGUAGAGAAGAAUGCAUCGAUAGGGGGGAGAUGCUCAACUCUGGAGGAUGAGGGAUUUAGAUUCGACCAAGGCCCCUCGCUCCUCCUGAUGCCUGAAUUCUUCCACGAAGUCUUCCACGACCUCGACACCAGCAUGGAAGCCGAAGGCCUGCGUCUCGUCCAAUGCGACCAAAACUACCGGAUCUGGUUCACCGACCACCAACCCCUUGAUCUAUCCUGUGACAUGGCGCACAUGAACCGCGAACUCACCCGUCUUGAGGGCCCCGCGGGCUUUGAGAAGUUCCUGGCCUUCCUGGCCGAAUCUGCCCGCCACUAUCGCCUUUCCUGCCGGUAUGUGCUGCGCGCGAAUUUCGCCCGCGUCUGGAACAUGCUCAGACCGGGCCUAGUGGCGUCGUUGGGGGCGUUGCAUCCGUUCGAGAGUCUGUACAGCAGGGUGAGUCGGUAUUUCGAGUCCGAGGAGCUGAGAAGGGCGUUUACCUUCGCCAGUAUGUAUUUGGGUAUGAGUCCGUUUGAUGCGCCGGCGACGUACUCGUUGCUGCAGUAUGCCGAGUUUGUGGAUGGUGUGUGGUAUCCGAUUGGGGGGUUUCAGACGGUGCUGGAAGCAAUCGGGAAGAUCGGUUCUCGUCUCGGGGUGGAAUAUAGAUUCAACGCCCCCGUCGCAUCUGUUCGCCUUUCUGACGACCGGAAAACAGCCUGCGGCGUGGUGUUGGAUUCCGACGAGAUCAUCGACGCUGAUGUGGUGAUUGUCAACGCGGACUUGAUAUACGCAUAUAACAACCUCCUCCCUGAUUCGCGAUUCGCGAGGACCCUCAAAACGCGAGGUACAUCCUGCAGUAGUAUUUCGUUCUUCUGGUCCUUCAACACUACCCUCCCGGCUCUGCAGAGUCAUAAUGUCUUCCUGGGCAAGGAGUACCGACAGAGCUUUGACGCUUUGUUCAAACAGGAUCGCAUCCCGGAGGAACCCUCGUUUUAUGUGCAUGUGCCGAGUCGGCUGGAUUCGUCAGCUGCGCCGGAGGGGAUGGACGCGUUGGUUGUGUUGGUGCCUGUUGGACAUCUGGGGGAUGAGGACGAUUCUUUGACGGACUGGGCUGCGGUGGUGGAGAAGACAAAAGAGAAGGUUCUGCGUGCGAUUGAGGAGCGCACGGGGAUGACGAAUCUGCGAGACAAGUUAAUCAAGGAGAGGGUUGAGACGCCAGUGACGUGGAAGCAGAAGUAUAAUCUCGACCGGGGCGCUAUUUUGGGGAUUUCGCAUUCGUUCUUUAAUGUAUUGUGCUUUCGGCCGAAGACGAAACAUACAGAGAUUGAAGGCUUGUUUUUUGUGGGAGCGAGUACGCAUCCGGGGACUGGCGUGCCGGUUUGUUUGGCGGGGAGUAAAAUUGUCGCUGAGCAGGUUGUGCAGAUGUUGGUGGAGUUGGUGGAUGCUUGCCCUGGUGGUGGCGUUGUUGGGGUUGAUGUUGCUGCGGAUUUGGGGAAGUUGAAAUAUCUCCAUUGA